CAAACGGCGAGCGGAGCCGAGCCAGUCCCACUCUGACGCCGCGCCACCCCAGCGGCGGCCCCACAAAAUCCGACGCCGACCACCACCAGCUGCUCCCCGCCGGUUGCCCGUCCCCGCAGGUCAUCCCCCGGGCGCCGGGGCCUUUAUGUACCCGCCCCAGUCCACAACCCCCUUCCCGCGCCGGAGCAGAGCCAGACUCCGCAGCGCGACGCGGCUCCGACCGCGACCACGACUCGCCGGGAAAAAGCGCACCCAGCUCCGGCGAGCCAUAUACGAGCUCGGCCUAUCCCUCUCUCCGCCAAGCUUUCCGCCCCCACUUCCUCUUAGCCGUCGUCUCGCCGCGCGGCUAGUGGUCGAGACCGUCGAGUCGCUCCUAUCCUCGUCGCGCGCGGGGGCAGGCAGGGGCGCAACGACGGCGGCGGCGUGCGAGAUGGAGCCGGCGGCGGCGGCGGCGGCGAUGCGGAAGGCGUCGUCGCAGGCGUCGCUGGCGGACCCGGACGACUUCGACCUGACGCGGCUGCUGAACCACAAGCCGCGGAUCAACGUGGAGCGGCAGCGCUCGUUCGACGACCGCUCCCUCAGCGAGCUCUCGCUCUCCGGCGCGGGCGCGGGCGGCCGCGGGGGCUGGGGCGGGUGCGGGUACAGCGCGGGGGCGGAGAGCUACGAGAGCAUGUACUCCCCCGGCGGCGGGCUGCGGUCCUACUGCGGCACGCCGGCCUCCUCCACGCGGCUCUCGUUCGAGCCCCACCCGCUCGUGGGCGAGGCCUGGGACGCGCUGCGCCGCUCCCUCGUGUCCUUCCGCGGCCAGCCCCUCGGCACCAUCGCCGCCGUCGACCACUCCGCCGGCGAGGUGCUCAACUACGACCAGGUGUUCGUGCGUGACUUCGUGCCGAGCGCGCUGGCGUUCCUGAUGAACGGGGAGCCGGAGGUGGUGCGGAACUUCCUGCUGAAGACGCUGCUGCUGCAGGGGUGGGAGAAGCGGAUAGACCGGUUCAAGCUGGGCGAGGGCGCCAUGCCGGCGAGCUUCAAGGUGCUCAAGGACCCCAAGCGCGGCGUGGACAAGCUGGUGGCGGACUUCGGCGAGAGCGCCAUCGGCCGCGUGGCGCCCGUCGACUCGGGCUUCUGGUGGAUUAUCAUCCUGAGGGCCUACACCAAGUCCACCGGCGACAUGACGCUCGCCGAGGCGCCCAUGUGCCAGAAGGGCAUCCGCCUCAUCAUGAACCAGUGCCUCGCCGAGGGCUUCGACACCUUCCCCACCCUGCUCUGCGCCGACGGCUGCUGCAUGAUCGACCGCCGGAUGGGCGUGUACGGGUACCCGAUCGAGAUCCAGGCCCUGUUCUUCAUGGCGCUGCGGUGCGCGCUGCUGAUGCUGAAGCCGGACGCGGAGGGGAAGGAGAUCAUGGAGCGGAUCGUGACGCGGCUGGCGGCGCUGAGCUACCACGUGCGGAGCUACUUCUGGCUGGACUUCCAGCAGCUCAACGACAUCUACCGGUUCAAGACGGAGGAGUACUCGCACACGGCCGUCAACAAGUUCAACGUCAACCCGGAGUCCAUCCCGGACUGGCUGUUCGACUUCAUGCCCACCCGCGGCGGCUACUUCGUCGGCAACGUCAGCCCGGCCCGGAUGGACUUCCGCUGGUUCGCGCUCGGGAACUGCGUCGCCAUCCUCGCCUCGCUCGCCACGCCCGACCAGGCCGCCGCCAUCAUGGACCUCAUCGAGGAGCGAUGGGAGGACCUCGUCGGCGAGAUGCCCGUCAAGAUUUGCUACCCGGCCAUCGAGGGCCACGAGUGGCAGACGGUCACGGGGUGCGACCCCAAGAACACGAGGUGGAGCUACCACAACGGCGGGUCCUGGCCAGUGCUGCUCUGGCUGCUCACCGCGGCGUGCAUCAAGACCGGGCGGCUCAAGAUCGCCAGGCGCGCGAUCGAGCUGGCGGAGGCGAGGCUGGCGAGGGACGGCUGGCCGGAGUACUACGACGGCAAGCUGGGGCGGUACGUCGGGAAGCAGGCGAGGAAGUUCCAGACGUGGUCCAUCGCGGGGUACCUGGUGGCCAAGAUGAUGCUGGAGGACCCGUCCCACCUCGGCAUGAUCUCCCUCGAGGAGGACAAGGCCAUGAAGCCGGUGCUCAGGAGGUCGGCCUCGUGGACGGUGUGAGGUGGCGGCGGCCGGCGGUGACAACUCGUGCGGUGCUGGUCAGAUAAAGAAGACACAUUCCCUUCAGAAGUGUUUCUUUGGGCUGGCAGCCGGCGUGCAUUUCCGCUCUUCAACUCCAUCCUUGUUUUUUCCCUAUGGGGGAAGCGCGCGUGUUCAGUGUUUAAUUUUGGUGGGCUCCCAUGUAUGAAUCUCCCAUGUACAAUUAUGUAAGUCUCGUCGAAAAUAAGAAAGGCGUCGUCGAAAAGAUUUUUUAAUAUAUAUUUCAUUUCCAUGA